AUGAUGCAGCCGUCUGUCGCGCCUCCAACCAAGGCGUACCUCCUCGAGAAGAAGAGCGGCGGGAUCGCCGAGAUCAAGCACCGCGGCCUCAAGGAGAAGAUCCCCGUCAUCAAGCACCUUGGCGGCGGCGGCGGCGACGACGACGACUUGAAUGGCAGGGCACCGAUUCGCGCCGUCCUCCAGAAGGUGGACGUCGGGCUCAAGAAGAUCACGGGCUCGAUUACCGAUUUGCUCGGUGACGACCUCGGCGGCUUGCUCGACAACCUCCUCAAAAAGGUCUAUUCGUUCGUCAAGAACAACGCGCUCGAGCUGGGCUUCCUCCACCGCAUCGCCGGCAAGGUCAACCGCACCAUCGAGCAGGUCCUCCGCGCCAUCAAGGGCCUCCUCAGCGGCGAACCGGGCGGCAUCGAGAGACUCCUUGGGAGGCUGCUCCCCCACGAGCUCUUUGGAAAGAUCCGGGGGAUGCUCAACAGAAUCUUCCGCACCGACGACGCGGCGGAUGGGAAGACAGCCCUCGACGGCAUCUUCAAUGGCUCCCUCCGCAAGCUCUUCAAGAAGCUCAACAAGUUCAUCUCGUCCAUCUUCGAGACGCUGAACGACUUGCUCGCCAACCUCAACUCGCUCGUCGUCGGCACCCUCCAGAAGACGGGCGAGCUCGACAAGAACGUCUUCGAGGGCAGGGUCUUCAGCAGCAUCAAGUCGCUCGUCCUCUACGUGCUCGGCGACACGCUCGGCUUCGUCAAGAACACGCUCAACCGGGUGGGCGGGUUCCUCAAGCGGCUCUCUGCCAACGAGGCGGCGGAGCCGGAUGGCAUCACCUGUAACUCGGGCUGCGGCGGCAUCGGCGGCCUCAUCGACCGGGUGCUUGGGCGGGUGCUCGGCCUCACCGGCAACAUCCUCGAGGGCGUCUUCAAGAUCGGCGAGGCGAUCGAGAAGCUGCUCGGCGGAGCCAUUGGCAACCUGCUAGAGCACUUCAAGAGCGGCUUCAUCGGCGGGCUCGAGACGCUGCGCGGCAUCAUCAAGGGGCUCCUCUGCGGCUGGCUGCCCUGCAUCCUGAGCAGCAUCGACGCUUUCCUCUCCGAGAUCGCCGGCACGAUCGGAUGCGGCCUCGAGAAGGUGAAGAAGGGCCUGCGAGCCAUCCUCCGCGGCGACGAUGACGACCCCGACGCCAAGGGCGUCCUCGGCCACGCUGGGGGAUUCAUCCGGUCCAUCAUCGGCCAGGUCGGCGACGUCCUCGACGGCAUCCUGCCCGGCAUCCGCGGCCGCGUCAAGGGUCUGCUCGAGAAGGUCUUCGGCACCGACGAGACCGCGGGCCUGCUGCGGACCAUCUUCGGGCUCGUCCGCGAGCUGGUCGGAUUCGGCGACAAGCUGACCGAGCACAUCCUCAGCGCGGUCAAUGGCGCUGUCGGAGACCUGCUCGGAGACCUCUUCGGGGCGCUCUCCCCGAUCGCCGAGAAGAUCGGAGGCUUCCUCGGCGGCAUCGACGACGCCGUCGUCGGGCUCGUCGAGCGCGUCGUCACGCGGGUGGGCGGCAUCGUCCACGGCCUCGGCUGGGUGCUGGAGAACCCUUUCUCGGGCGUCCACCAGAUCCUCGGUUGGGUCCGGAAGCUCGUCGGCAAGAUCAUCCCCGACGACGCCAACAUCCUCAAGAACCUCAAGGAGCACUUCGGGGGCGACGAGAUCAAGAUACUCGACGCGCUGCUCGGCGCGCCACGCGCCCUCGCUACAUGGUGUGCGCGGCGAGCCGUCGGCACCCUCCUCUACUCGCUGAUGGGCGGGAUCCAGUCGUUCCUCAAGGGGCUAGGCCAAGACAUCGGCGGCCUCCUGCGGACGAUCAUCGGGAUGCUCGGCGGGAAGCAGCCAAGGGACGACGACGAGGAGGGCAUCAUCAAGGCCAUCCUCGGCAAGGCUGACGGACUCGUGCACGCCGUCGUCGGCGGUGUCCGCAGCUUCCUCCGCUCGCUCCACUUCAAGAAACAGCCGCACGACGACGCGGAGGACCAGGGCCUCAUCAAGACCAUCCUCGAGAAGCUCAAGAAGGAGGGGGGGCUGGCCGAGCUCUUCCGGGACAUCAGUGGGCUGGUUGGCUGCGUCCUCGGCCUCACCUGGUCGGUCCUGGGCGGCGUCGAGACCUUCAUCCUCAAGAUCUUUGGCAAGACGGACGGCGACGCGACGACGCUUCCGGCUCCGGGUGGCGUCCGCGGCCUCAUUCAGUCGCUGCUCGGCACGUCCCCGCCGGCUUUUGCUGAGGCGCUCGAGAAGACCAAGGACCUGGUUGUCGCCAUCCUCGGCGGCGAAUGCGGGCUGCUGAGCUGGAUCGUCGGCGACCUCGCGAACCUCAUCGGCACGAUUCUGCUCACGACCGGCCUGCUCCUGGGCGGCGUCGGGGGGCUCCUCUGGGGCAUCUACAACGCCCUCGAGCGGUGCAUCGGCCACAUCCACUGCGGCAUGCCGCUCUCCGAGCGCGGGCUCCUCGACAUCGACAUCCACCCCUGCACGAUCCCGCUCGUCCAGGUCAAGCUGUGCGGCGAGCGCCACGUCCACGCAAAGCCCAUGGAGGAGUGA